AUGGCGCCGUCAUUUGAUCAUCUGCGCGAUGCAGACGUUGACGAGGAUGAUUAUGAUGAGGAUGAGAUCGACAUCUCUGACCUGCGCGAGAAGUAUGAGGUCCAACUAGAGCAAGGCUAUGACACCUUCAUUGUCAUCGAUGGUCUGCCGGAGGUCACCGAAGAGCAGAAGCCUAAGCUGGUAAAAUUCUUAUUGAAGAAGCUGAACCAGGUGGGAAAGACAAAAGAGGACCAGGUCUACAUGCCGAUGGAGGACGGCAAGUCUCUCAGAUUUGCCUUUGUCGAAUAUUCUUCUGCCGCCGAAGCCGCCGCCGCCGUGAGGCAGCUCGAUGAAGUCCCCCUCGACAAAAAGCACACACUGAGGGUCAACAAGAUGUCUGACAUUGAUCGAUAUGGCCGCGAGGGACGAGUCGACGAGAAUUACGUGCCUCCUAAGAUCGAAGAGUUCACCGAGAAGGAGCAUUUGCGAUCAUUCUUAGCCGACCCGAGCGGUCGCGGUCGCGACCAGUUUGCUAUGUACCGAGGUGAUGUUGUCGGUAUAUUCUGGAAUAACGAGAAGGAACCCCCUGAGAACGUUGUCGACAGGCAGCACUGGACGGAGAGCUUCGUACAGUGGUCGCCCCUGGGAACGUUCUUGGUAUCUGUUCACCAGCAGGGUGUACAACUGUGGGGUGGCGCUUCGUGGUCCCGGCAAAAGCGGUUUGCGCAUCCCUUCGUCAACAUGCUCGAUUUCUCUCCAAACGAGAAAUAUAUUGUCACGUGGUCGAAUAGACCUAUUUCGAUACCCGAUGAAGGUCAUCCCCAACUAUCAUUAGAUGAGGACGGCAAGAAUUAUGUCAUCUGGGAUGUUGAAACUUCUAAACCCCUUCGUUCCUUUGCUAAUCUCGACAUACCUACCACCAAUGAUCCUACGUCGGCAAAGCCACAACCUAAAUUCCCCUGGCCAGCUUUCAAGUGGUCCGCCGACGACAAAUACGUGGCACGAAUGACCCAAGGCUCCUCGAUCUCGGUGUACGAGCUGCCUCGCAUGAAUUUGUUGGACAAGACGACGAUUAAGAUUGAAGGUGUUAUGGAUUUUGAAUGGGCCCCUGCCACGCCCCAGAGAGAGGGUGUGAAGCAGUAUGAACAGCUAUUUUGCUUCUGGACGCCGGAGAUUGGUAGCAACCCUGCCAAGGUCGGACUGAUGAGCGUACCUUCGAAGCAGAUCGUUCGAUCACUGAAUCUUUUCAGCGUUACGGAUGCUAAGCUCCACUGGCAAUCGGAUGCUACCUAUCUCUCAGUGAAGGUUGACCGACAUUCGAAAUCCAAGAAGUCGCAGGCCACUACUCUAGAGAUCUUCCGUGUCAAAGAAAAGGGUGUGCCAGUCGAAGUUGUCGACACAAUCAAGGACACAGUUAUUAACUUCGCCUGGGAGCCCAAGGGAGACCGCUUUGUUAUCAUCACGACGCCGGAGCCGGUUGGGCCAACCGCCGUAGCUCCUAAGACUUCGGUGGCAUUUUUCUGUCCCGAGAAGGCUAAGGGAUCGGCUAUAGGCAACUUCAAGCAUCUGCGGACUCUUGAGAAAAAGAAUAGCAAUGCAAUUUAUUGGUCUCCUAAGGGCCGCUUUGUAGUUGUCGCCACAGUCGCCAACCAGCAGAGUUCAGACCUUGAAUUUUUUGACUUGGACUUUGAAGGCGAGAAGCCGGAAAGUGAUAAAGAUCUUACCGCCAACCUACAGCUCAUGAAUAUGGCAGACCACUACGGUGUCACUGAUAUCCAAUGGGACCCCUCAGGGCGCUUUGUAGCUACUUGGGCAUCUGUUUGGAAACAUACGAUGGAGAACGGAUACCACCUCUACGAUUUUAAGGGCGAGCUACUACGGGAAGAACCUGUUGACAAGUUUCGCCAAUGGUUAUGGCGUCCCAGGCCGCCGACUCUACUUAGCAAGGACGAGCAGAAGCAAAUCCGCAAGAAUCUCCGGGAAUACUCCAAGAUCUUCGAGCAGGAAGAUGCGGAACGCGGAGCGUCUGCUGACUUGGCGGUGGUGGAAGCCAGAAGACGCCUGCUUGACGAAUGGCUUGGAUGGCGUGCGUCGGUUGACGCUGAGAUUGAAGAGGAGAGGGUUGCGCGAGGAUUGCCGAAGCACCCAGUGGAAGCCGAAGCCAAGUCAGCGGAGAGCGGAGAGGAGCAGGUGAUCGAGGAGAUUGUGGAAGAGGUACUUGAAGAGAGCGAGGAGAUUGUCCCCUAA